CGUGUAAACAUAAGUUUAAUUAAUAUGUACGUAUGUAUAUGUAAUAUAUAGAUGGUGUGGGGGCAGGACUUAGUUCUGUGGAGUGUGUUUGUUAGAUCCACUGAGCGACCAAUCAUUGGCCGGUCUGACCCCUCCCCCAGUCUGUGUGCGCUGCUCAGACACCUGUGCGUGCCUGCGUGUGCCAGCCAGAAAGCGCCAGAGACACAGACGGUGAACGGUCCGGUUACCCGUGCGGUGAAGAAGCUAGCUGGAUAGUAAAAGUCCUGUUUUCAGUGAGAAUAAUAAGAGUGAUACUGUACUCCAGAGGCCGUGAGCCAGCGUGAGCACUGUGAAGCCCCGUGUAGCAUUUGUUGCUUCACAUGGUCAGGUUUUUUUCCUUUGCUUAUUUGGAUUGGAUUGGUUUGGAGGACCUGAGAAGAAUCGAGGAUCCCUUUUCCAGUACUGGAUGGCGAGCCCAGCCCAAAGAGCCGGAUGAACUGGUAGAUUGUAACCCGACUGGUUACAAACACACUGAGUGACUGUUGAACAUUGACAGACUGAAAUUGACUUUAAAAAAGGACACAAAAGACAAUAUAUCCUUGGGUCGACCAUUUGUGGGGUUUAUUUUUAUUUUAUUUUGUUUUCAAAAGCGCGCUCUACUUUUGUUAAAUGUGCACAACCUGCUAAAUUUUAAUAAUUGCUAAUAAAUGCAAUUGUGUUUUCUACACCUACUGUGUGCAAGUCCUCUGUUGUCAUACACCCUUGGCUCCUACGAAUCUAGAACCUGUCUGAUCUGGCCCAUAUUUCCCUUCUGUCCUCGUACUGUGAUUAAAGGUAACUACACUGCCGUAGUACAUGCAAAGAAGGCAAGAAGUAGCACCACCAGUGUUACAUUAGUUACAAAAGUGGCGAGCCAGCCAGGAGCCUAGAGUGUUGUGUGACAACAUUGGAAUCCUCUUUGACCUUUGAUCAGACGCUCACAUACGGUGAAAAUGGAUUUUGUUGAGAAGUAUGCCGUUAAAGUACCAAAUGCCAUUAUUGUUAGCGGUGUUACAGGUAGAGAGGAAGACAAAGAGGUAUUUGAGUUUCUGGAGCAACAUGGUACUAUUCGUAGAGUGCUUGCUGUCGAUGAUGACUCUUCUGCAUUCCACAAAAGUCAGAUUGUAGAGUUUGAGUCCGGUGCAUCCAUUGAAAUAUUAGCACCUAAGCUGCCUUACCUCUUACAGUCCACUGACAAUCCAGAUGUCAGUUACCGCAUUCGAGCCUUAACGGACGUCUAUACUAAAACCGUAGGGAGCAGUGUUACUGAGGCUUACAUUAGCAACCUGAAGGGUUUAGCCAAGUUAAGUGGGAAGGAUUUCGAAGAAGUGUUGCGGGAGGCCAUGUCCACAAUGGGGAAGACCAUCGAAGCUGCUGAGACAGCUGAGAUAAACCCCGAAAAUGAUACUGCUGAUCAGACUUGCCCUGUGGUAGGAUCCACACAACUUGGAGCCUCACCUUCAGUCUUAACUGAACUGCCUCACCCUCCUGAACCCAUUCAGGGCACAUUCCAACGCCCCAUGAGACCAAACUUGACACCUCAAAUGUUGAGCCCAACUGACCUCAACCCACCAGAGGUUCAGAAAAUAGUAGUUGAGCAUGUUGUCAAGAGUGUUGAGAAGACAUCACAUGCUCACUCCACAUUAAGACUCAGAGCUUUCUCUGGCAAGAUGCCCAGACCUUACAGCGAAGCUGACUAUGAAACAUGGCGUUCUCACGUUGACUUGUUGAUGGGAGAUGCUUCUUUGUCUGAGUUGGAAAAAACUCGUAGGAUUCUUGAAAGUCUCCUUGCUCCCGCUUCUGAUGUCAUCCGCCCUCUUGGGCCAGAAGCCACUCCUGCAGACUAUCUUAAACUUCUGGAUUCAGCUUUUGGCACCGUCGAAGACGGUGAGGAGCUGUUUGUACGCUUUAUGAACACCCUCCAAGAUCACGGUGAAAAGCCCUCUGCUUAUCUGCUUCGGUUGCAGGUGGCACUCAAUCACACCGUGCGCAGAGGUGGGCUUGAACCACAUGAAGUAAACAAGCAGCUUCUUAAACAGUUUUACAGAGGCUGCUGGGAUGAUAACUUGCUAACGGAGUUGCAGUUGGAGCUAAAGCAUAAGGAGCCACCUACUUAUGCAGAGCUAUUGCUUGUCCUGCGUAUUGCAGAAAACCGACAAGAAGUUAAAAGCACACGAAUGAAGAAACACUUUAGUGCCACAAAACCAAAAGCAGUGUCUCAUGAACAGACGGUCACUCAAACAAAUGCAGAUAUUCGUCAAGCAGAGUCAGAUAGUCUAGAAGAGCUCAAAAAACAAGUUGCCGAUCUAAAAAGCCAAUUAGCUGCCGUCGUGAAGCCAAAGAAACAAGCAACAAUGAAGACAGUUCGAACAAGGAAACCUGAAAAUAAAAAACCUGACCAUGCCAAACCUGAAAACUCACCUCCAACCAGCCGCCCCAGUACUAGGCCCAAGCCCUGGUAUUGCUUCCGCUGUGGGGAGGAUGGACAUAUAGUAGCCACUUGUGAAUCGGAGCCCAAUCCUGCCCUUGUAGUUGCAAAACGAAAGGAACUAAGAGUGAGAAGGCAGAUAUGGGACCGGCAGAAUGACCAGCUUUCUUUAAACUAAAUUCUGCCUCCGUUGCGGGACAAAUGGAGGCUGAUGCUUUGUUAACCCGUCCCACCCAGGUUAAACAAAAAGCUUCACCUAAAAAGCGCGCCAGCCUAAAGUCACACACAAGAACAGAUUCCUUUGACCUUCCUAAAGGUCUAAUUGGUACAAAGAGUACUGCACAAGUGAAAGUUAAUGGUCACACAGUGAGUUGUUUGCUAGAUACUGGUUCCCAGGUGACUACAGUCCCCGAGUCCUACUAUCGUCAGCAUUUGUCCUCUCAUGAGAUUAAGCCAUUGUUUGAACUUUUAGAAGUUGAGGGUGCCAACGGUCAGUCUGUGCCUUACUUAGGCUACAUUGAACUGCAUGUCACUUUCCCAAAAGAAUUCCUUGGCAUUGAAGCUGAAGUGCCGACACUUGCCUUAGUUGUCCCCGAUGUGCGCACAGCUUCUCAGUCCUUAGUGCUAAUUGGGACAAACACAUUAGAUGUACUUUAUGAGCUGUACUCUGAUGCAUGCCAUGAACUGCAGCUGAACCUGCCAUAUGGCUAUAGGGCAGUUCUAAAAGUUCUUGAGUCACGUCACAAACAGUCCAAAGACAGUAGUCUUGGUUUAGUGACGAUGCACAACAAACAGCCACAGUCGAUUCCAGCAGGCCAAACUGUUGUUCUAGAUGGUGCUGUAGCUGUGUCAGCCGGUAACGGUGAAAAGUCAGUCUUGUUAGAGUAUCCACGAAUGUCAGCCUUACCUGGUGACAUCCUUGUGAAACCUUGUCUCAUAGACCUACCUGAACGAGCACCUUACCUUGUCCCAGUUGUACUUACCAAUGAAUCCGAACAUGAUGUGACGAUCCCUCUAAAUUGUGUCAUCGGAGAAGUCAGUGCAUAUCAAAGAGUUCUAUCUCACGAACACUCAGUGAGAACUCCAAGAUCCCGAACUGAGCAGAAGUCAAAUGUAACAUUUAACUUUGACUCUUCCCCUCUUAGCACUGAAUGGAAGGAGCGCAUAACCGAAAAGCUAAGCCAAAUGCCCGAAGUGUUCGCACAAAAUGAUCUCGACUUUGGAAAGACAGGUCAAGUGAAACACACAAUCAGAUUGUCAGAUGAAACACCGUUCAAGCAUAGAGCGCGUCCCAUCCAUCCGAACGACCUGGAAGCAGUCCGUAAGCACCUCAAAGAACUGCAAGAAGCUGGUGUGAUCAGGGAAUCUACCUCCCCUUUCUCUUCACCCAUUGUAGUCGUGCGGAAGAAAAAUGGUGAAGUCCACCUCUGUAUCGACUACAGAAAGCUUAACGCGCAGACUAUAAAAGAUGCUUACGCUCUCCCCAAUUUGGAGGAAACGUUUUCCACCUUGAUCGGGUCACAAUGGUUCUCUGUCCUGGAUUUAAAAUCGGGGUAC